AUGGCCAACGAGGGCCUUUCUGUGCGGAGUUUGCAUAUCAUCUUCUAUGAGGACAGGAAUUUCAGGGGCCGCUCCUAUGAGUGUAGUGGUGACUGUUUCGAUAUGUCCUAUUACAUGAGCCGCUGCUACUCCUGCAGGGUCGAGAGUGGAUGCUGGAUGGUCUACGAUCGUCCCAACUUCAUGGGCAACCAGUAUUUCAUGAGAAGGGGCGAGUAUGCUGACUACAUGAACAUGUGGGGCUGGGGCAUGAACAACUGGAUCAGGUCUUGCCGCAUGAUCCCUAUGUACAGAGGAUCUUACAGAAUGAGGGCUUAUGAGAGAGAGAAUUUCAUGGGCCAGAUGAUGGAAAUGACCGAUGACUGUGACUCCUUCAUGGACCGCUACCACUGGUCCAACGGCUGCAUGUCUUGUCAUGUGAUGGACGGCCACUGGCUCAUGUACGAGCACCCCCAUUACAGAGGAAAGAUGUGGUACUUCAGGCCUGGAGAGUACAGGAGCUUCAGGGAAAUGAUGAGAAUGGGUGGAAUGAGAUUCAUGAGCAUGAGGCGCAUCAGGGACUCAUGGUAUUAA